UACCCGCUUUAAAUGAAGAUAACUUUACGCUCACAUGUCCAGUUAUACAUGUAAGAUGUUUCGCGACGAUCCCUCGAGUUAGGUAAAGGGUGGAGUUUAUGAAUGUUGGCAGGUGAGCGUUAGAAGGUAUUGGCAAAUGUAUCUUACUUUAGUGGUUGUAUUGCUGCAACGGACAGAUGUCUGAAUAGUAUUGUAGCAGAGAACACAUUUGUAAGUGAGAGAUUAAGAGAGUGUCUUUAACGUCCAAACUUACCAGAGAGGAUACACAACAUACAGAGCAAUAUAUCCCGGCCUGGUGGGCUGACCAGCAGCUCUGCAGAUGGAGCUUGGUUCAGGUGACAGUAGUCCCCAAGGAGAUCAUGGGUCCUUGUCCCAGCAGUGCCCUGGGGUGCCAACAGGGAAACAUCGGCACAACAUGGAGGUAACUGCUGAGAAGGACACUGUCACUAAGAGACCCAAGACAGAGGGACAGCAGGACCAAACAAAGUCCCCCAGAAGAGAUCAGGAUAUGAAGAAGAAGACAAGGAGAGGUAAUAGAAGAAAAAAUAAAGGAAUGAAAAAUCAAGCUGACAAGGAUCCUCAGACUCCGAGUACACUGGAAAAAGGGCAGAUGGAGACCCAAACCAACCAGGUGUGUCAAACCUUGGAAACACAGACACAAGAACACAACCAAGACCAAGACCACCAAGCUGAAACCAGUCAACAACAGGACCAGUCCAUGCAUCAGACUAAUGAUACAAAACAAACACAUGUCAAGGAUGCUAAGAGAGUUCACGUCCAGACUCAAACAAAUAAACCUAAAGGCGAGAACCGGGCAACUCAGACCCCUAUAGUUGUUCAGAACACACAGCAGACACAGACAGAACCCUCUGAUUCCACUCAGCCAAUGACAGAUGAACAUGCUGACACCACUCAGCCAAUGAAUGAGCAAACACAGAACAGCGAUGGAGCAGGCAGUGAAGGAGCAGCAUCAGAACCACCUAAGAGGGAGAAUCCAAACUCUACCGAAGAGGUAAAGAGUAAGCCCGAAUCAGAGAAAGGGGUACAACAUUCAGGAGAAAGCUCAGGGAGUCCCACAGCCUGCCAGGUAAAACAGGGAGUCAAAUUAACUACCAAGUCUUAUGCAGAAGCUGCAGCGGAAGAUAAAACAAAGACUCAGAAGAGGUCGAGUCCUCAGACUUCAAAUCAAUGCAAAAAGGAUUCCAAGAGUAGAGGAUGUCGAGAGCGGUCCCCAGUAAGGAUUCCUCCUGGGAUUCCUAUGUUCACCUUUCAUAUCUAUGCUGUGCUGAACAAAAAGUUCAGAUUCAACCAAGAAUAUGACACACUCUUGUUAUGUCAUCAAGAUGAAACCCAUGCACUUGAAAUGACUCAUUUCGUAGGUCUAUCUCAGCAAGGCUAUCUAAUAGAAGCAAGUCUCUCAGUACCGGAAAGCUCAAUACCCAGGGGACAAAUUUUGACUUACCAAUAUCGGGUGCAGCAAAGGCAGAAAGAGAUUGUGGAGAUAGCCACAAGGAAUAUUCAAAUUCCAACUGAUUUACAAGUAAAGGAGUUGCACCUUUAUGAGGGUCACAUUCAUCGGCUGGAGUCAUGGUGGUCCUUCCAAGGGUGGUUAGAUGUGUUCCAAUCAAAAGGAAAAGGUAUGGCUGAUGCCUGGCAAGCCUCUGCCCGUCUACUACUUGGCCACAUUUCACAGAAAUGGGAUCCACCCAACCAGGAGAGCACUGUGCAGUUUGCUCAGCUCUUGCGUCAUUUCCAGAGGAGUUACUCCUCAGCUGUUCAACAGGUGGUCUACCCAGGAUAUUUCAAUCCCCCUUUGGUUAAGGUAUCAGAGUUGAUUUCUGAGCAUUUUCUGCAGCUGUUGCAUGCUGAGUCCCAGGGAACAUCGCAGAAGAGUCAGACUGUCAACAACCCUCUAGUGUUUGGCUUGUCUUUGUUCAGAGUCUGCCAAGCUUGCCAGAUAGAUCUUGGGGUGAAGGGCUGGGCAAAACUAUGCAACGUAGUAUCCUCACACACUGCACUUGACAGCAGAAACAUAGAGGAAAUUAGAAAUGUCUUCUCUUUUCCACAAAAGCUUGUGAUUGGUAUGAUCAACUACUGCUCACAGAGGCUGGUCUCAGAGCUUCCCCUGCUCAUUCCUCUACUGCACACUCUCAUACAGCCGGGAGCAGACGCUGGCAGGCUUGGUCCUACAAUAGAGGAGAUGAACUGGGCAGGGCUUGAAAAUGUUAAGUACAACAACUUCAGAGAGGGGAUCAGAUGCUUUUCUGACAAAAGAAGGAUGAUGCUCACUUUGAUCCAGAAUCACAUUUCUGUGGCUAAAGAGAUGCCUCUGGUUUGGACCAGCUGGCUGUCCCUGGUGGCCUUUGAGGACCUUCCAGAAUUCUCCACCCUGAAGAGCAUACCUCCAGAACACAUAAUCCAGAGCCUGCUGUACAGGCUUCGACAGUAUGGGGAGAAUACUGAUGGCAAAACACAACAAAAUGUAGAGGUUACUCAAAAGAUCCUGUGCUUUGUACUGGAGAAAGUUGAAGAGGAGAAGGAAAGGCUAGCAGAUGCUGGGUAUGUGGACUCCAUCCUCUUGAGUUGCAUCAGUGUUCUGAAGAGCACUUGCCGGAUGGUGCGACUUGUCCCGUUCUACAAGACAGCAGUGCUAUCCUUCCAACUAGUGCUGAAAGCGGCUGAAAUUCUGGAUGCUGCACUUGCAAACAAGACUCCGGAUGGUGAGGAGAAGAGACCUGAGCAGUUCCAGCUAUCUGACAAGCCUGGGGACGUGCUGCAACAUCUCAGCCAGUGGAGAGACAAUCUUCUCCACAAUGAUCUCCUGAAACAAGGCACUCAGUCCAAAUCCCUCAGCUACCCCAAAGAAAUAGAGAUGUGGGAUGCCUUCCUGAGGGUAGAAUGCUCUCUGCAGAGUGUGUCAGCCCAGUGGAUGUCCAGCCUGGACAGAGACCUGAGGAAGAGGAUCUCUAGGGCCAGUGAUAUGGACAAGGUGGUGGUGUGCUGCCUUGAGACAUCAGUGGAAGCUAUAGGGAAGAGCCAUGCUACCAUAAAGACCUGCUUUCAGGAACUGUGUCGCUCUGCCAUCAAGAACAUCUGUCAGGAUGGGAAAGAGGGGGACCUUAUGCGAAUGCUGUACCCCCUGUCUAAGGUGCUCCCCCCCUCUGUCCUGUCUUCAAUCGUGGUUGAGUCAGCGGCCCGGUUUGAGAACGACCCUGUUGGUCACCUGCUGGACCCCCAGUCUUCCCUCAACCACCUCCUGUCUCAUGGGGACUGGAAAGUGAUCCAGGUGGAUGCUGAGGCUGGUGAGGUGAUCGGAGGCUGUCGGAGUGCCCUGGCCUCCCUGGUAGAGGCUCUGUGUCUGGGUCAUGUACCUGUGGGACAUCUUCAGACCACCCUGAAACACAGAGAGCAGUUCAAACAGAUAUACCGCCAGUAUAAGAGGCCUGCUAAGCUGGAGAAUGUUCCUGCUGAUGCUGAGGUGAUCCUGGCUCAAAGAGAGAAAGACCUCCAGGCCUUCUACCAGCAACGAGAGCACGUGGACACACUCAUCAAGAUGAUGGGCAAGGUCUCAGAGAACAUCACAGCUCCAGAGAUCUCCACUCUGGAAGACCAACACAGAGCUGACUUCCAAACAGUGAGCCUGAACAAGCUGGUGGUGGUCCAGCCCUGCUGUAUGAAGAAGGGGGAUGAGCAGCAGACACCCCCAGGGCUGGUUCUGUGGUACAGUGCUAGCCAAGGGGUUCUGGAGAUGGCCAGGGAGAUGCACGAGCUGGGUGACAGUAACCUGCUGCUUCGCUCCUGGGUGGACGGGUCGUUAGAGGUAGCCAAUGAAGACCUUACUAGACCUAUCCCUGUACCAAUGACCCUCACACAGGUCUGCGACAUCAUCUGGAAACCCCGGUUGAGUGGCUUCUGUCAGCUAGGCCUUAGGAUCGCUAUGUCGCUUGCCACCUUUGAGGAGAUCGACCAUGCACUGAAUGCAUCAGGGGACCAGGGAGAGGGGUUUCAGAUGAGGAGGGAGCUGGGGCUGAUGUCUGGGAGGCUGCAGGGGUACCAGGAACUGGAACAAGGCUGGGUGGAGGUCAGGCUGGGCCAGAUCCAGGAGUAUCGUCAGGUCCAUCAGGCAGUAGCCUCGGCCAGUGCAGUCCUGAGGAUCGCUGAGAGGAUGGAUCUUAGAGGAGACUUCAGUAAGAUCCACAGUCUCACCCAACUGGAGGACGACUCGUUCAAGAUGAGGGUCCUGGGGUCACUCAGUGAUGACCUCAUCCGUGCCAAGCAGCAGCUGUCUAUGGUCACCCCGCAGCACACUGCAUGUCUAGAGGUGUUCCUAGACAGCCAUACUCUGGUCAGCUGGGUCCAGGACCAACUCUGUAAUAUGAGUGACGUGAAAGUGUUUGUGGACCUGGCCUCCAUCUCGGCUGGAGAGAAUGACACAGAGAUCGACCGAGUGGCCUGUUUCCAUGAUGCGGUGAUGGGCUACAGUCCUUUGCUCUACUCUCUCUCCCCCAAGGCUGGGUUUGAGGAGUUCAUGAUCUCUGCUAGACAGGUGUGGGACACCCUACAAAGAGACAAGAAACUCCCUGCCAAAUUGAGGGACUCUUGUCAUUUGCUGGGCUGGCUGAAGGGACUGAGGGAGACCCAUGGGUCUGUGGAGCAGUCCUCUCUCUCCUUGGCCUCAGCGAUUAAUGCACAGGGGGUAUACCACGUGGGCUGGUCUGAGACACACACAGACAGGAGAUGUCUGCAGAGCCUGCUGGUGGUCAGAGUGAGGAAGGACCAUGAGGUGAAGAGCUAUAACCUGGAGGAGCUACUGGAGCUGCAGAAUAAGCUGAUGCUCAUGUCAUCCAAAGGAGAGCAUGGCAAGGAGCAUGUCAACAGGUUCACCCAGGUCUUUGAGGGAGUUCAGAGACUGGGCUGCAUCCUCCUCCAAAUGCAGUCUACUGGCAACAUGCUUUUCCGGGAGUGUCGAGCCCAGGUACAGUGUAGCCAGGAGAAGCAGCCAUGCAUCCGAGUCACGUUCUCCUCCCUGCGGGGUAAAGAGAUGGUGUACAGUGGGGAGGUGACAGAACAGCUCCAGUCCCUGUGUCGCUCCAUGGAGACCUGCCAUAAAGAAUGGUGUGCUUUCAUCAGCGAGAAACGUUCCCAAUUCCACACGCUGAACCACUACACAUCUGAGCAGGUGGUUUACCUGUGCAGGUGGAUCUACAGCGUGUGUGAGAGGCAGGCCUGUGUUCCUCAACAGGUGUGGCACCUGCUGUCUCCCAUUAAGGCUGAGUGCACGCUGAAUGAUGUCAGAGAGGCCUUCGCCACGGUAACAGAGGUGUUGUCAGGGACACUUUCUGGCAAUCCAGCAGUGUGGGAAGAGGAUGAUGAAGAUGAUUCUGGACGUUCUAUGGACUUUAGAUCGAUUGGACACAACGUUGACAAAAGAUGGGGGUACAAUGACGAAAAUAUCGAGAGCAAUGUUGAAGAAGUAUAUGAUAUGAUUGAGUUCUCAGAUACUGAGGAAGAUGAGGUAAAAGAACUCUCACCUAUGGCCCAGAGUGAUGCAAAUGAGGAGGAGGCUGAGGAAGGUCUGGAGGACCUGUGGAGGCGAUUUAAAGAGGACAUGCCAAAGUACCUCAUGCAGCAUGUAGACAUCACUACUCUGGCUCGCUUCCUCUCCUGCCUCUCAGAAAUGAACCAACAGGAUGUCAAGAGGAAGCUGCCUCCUUCACUCCAAGAAGGGAAGCCCAACCUCGUCCUCUGCCCAGCCACAGAGGUCCUGAGCAUCACUCUGUCCUUCUACAUGGAGAGCCCAGAUCAGCCUCUGCCGUCCACUGAUGAAGUUCUGGUCUGCAGAGAGGAUACCACAGAGGAACAGGUGGAGAUCUUCCUCAGUCGAGCCCUGGGCCGGGGCGAUGGUGCCGUAGGGAGCCAGCAGAAGAUCUACACCCUGGUCAACCCAGGCCUCCUGGGGUACGAUGUCAGUGUGGCCGUUGGUGAGCUAUUCGAGGACCUGGAGAGAAGUGCGGGCCACCAUUACCGCCUGGUGAUUACCAGCCCAGUGAUGCACCAGCACAGAUACGUGCCCUCUUUCUUCAGCAACCACAAAGUACAGGCAGGAGUGGGCAUCACUGCAGAAAAUGCCAGAAGAUAUCUCCGUCACCACUUUACUGUUCCGUUCCAACACAGCUCUGUCUCACUCAUCUAUCCAGACAAACUGUCCGUCUGGGUUGUCUCGUCCACUCGCCCUGCAGUUGGGAAAUCCCUUUAUGUGGACCGACUGUUUGAGAAGUUCCAGCAGACUUCAACCAAGGCCCAGCAUGUUAGGAUCAGACUGAUAGAGCCACGGGUUGAUCUAGACUCAUUCAUACAUACCCUGUCAGAGAGACUGGUACUGUUGAGGGAGCAGGACCCUGUGCUGCUUCACAUUGACACUGCUGCGGUUAAUGUCGGUCUAGAAGAGUUCCUGUUCCACUUACUGGUUCUGGGAUGUUUGAGUGACAACAAGGGAAUGCUUUGGAGAAGAAAUGUAGCUCAUCUGAUAGCAGUUGAGGUUCUGAGACCAUACCCAACCCUUCAGAACCAACCACACACUAAGGAGAUGAGAGUUGGACUUCUUGACAUUCUACCUACCAUCCAAUGCAGACCACCGAAGGAGGUGAAGAAGUUGUUGUUGACAAAACGGAGAACCUUGGACCCACUGAUGGAUGAGCAGGAGUUUGCCAGUGGAGGGAUUCAGAGGCCUUAUCAGUUCCUGAAACGAUUCAACAGAAAUGAGAACCUGGAUCCAUUUUAUCACCGGGAAGGAUCCAGAGAGGGGGAUCCUAUUGACUGUCUACAUCACCUUCUGGCAAACUGUGGAUUGAAAGAUCCAUCAUGGGCUGAGCUCAAAAACUUCACCUGGUUCCUAAAUUUGCAGUUGAAAGACUGUGAGAAGUCCGUUUUCUGUGACCCAGACUUCCUUGCUGAACACCUGCGGGGUUUCAAGGGCUUCAUUGUGAAAUUCAUGAUCCGGAUGGCACGGGAUUUUGCUUCACCGUCUAUGGACACUUCUGACCAGAGUCCCUCUCUGCUCCUUGAUGACAACCAAGGAGAUGACCUUCUGGCCCGUUUGACCAUUCGUAAGCGUUGGGAACGCGAGUCUCAUCCAUACAUUUUCUUCAAUGCGGACCGCUUCUCGAUGUCAUUCCUGGGCUUUCAUGUGAUGAGAAGUCCUGUGGGAAACACUCUCAAUGCAGUUGAUCCUCAGAGCCAUGCAGUGUUGAUGGGAGAUGUGAUGACUCAUGAACUUCUACAGGGCCUUCAGCGGCAAGGGAUCUCGCUCACUGAAGACUUUGACGGUUUGCCCAGAGCAGAAAAGAUCAAGAGGAUUUCACGUGUUGUUGGUGCCAAGAAAGGGAUGAUGAAGGGGACAUUUGAUCCAGACCCGACCUAUGAGCUCACUGCUGAUAACGUGAUGAAGAUGCUAGCCAUUCACAUGAGGUUCCGUUGUGGAAUCCCUGUCAUCAUCAUGGGAGAGACCGGCUGUGGGAAGACCCGAUUGGUCCGUUUCCUCUGUGAUCUCCAGAGGGAAGACAGAGAGGUAGAAAACAUGAAGCUGGUAAAAGUGCAUGGUGGAACCACAGCUGAGAUGAUCUACAGAAAGGUGAGGGAGGCAGAGAGACAGGCAGAUAUCAACCUGAAAACACACAAACUGGACACUGUUUUGUUUUUCGACGAAGCCAACACCACGGAAUCCAUCUUUGCUAUAAAAGAAGUUCUGUGUGACAGAACUGUGCAAGGACAGCCCCUGAAGGCGAAUACUGGCCUAAAGAUAAUCGCUGCCUGCAACCCUUAUCGGAGGCACUCUCCUGAAAUGGUGGAGCGCUUGGAACGUGCUGGGUUGGGAUACAGAGUGAAGGCAGGAGAAACAGAAGACUGUCUUGGCAAAGUCCCUUUGAGGCAGCUAGUGUACCGGGUCCAUCCACUGCCUCCUAGCAUGGCUCCUUUGGUCUGGGACUUUGGUCAGUUGAGCAAUUCCACUGAGCUCUCCUACAUCAGACAGAUUGUCCAAAAGCAAGCCAAGGAUCAUGAUUUGCCUGUGGCGUGUGGCAAUGUAAUAUCAGGUGUGUUGGCAGCCUCUCAAAGUUACAUGCGUAAUCGAAAGAACGAGUGCAGUUUUGUGAGUCUGAGAGACGUGGAGAGGUCCAUAAAGGUGCUAGUAUGGUUUUACCACCAUAGCAACGACCUGUUCCCUGAUUCCAAUGAUUCCAGUGUUCAGAAGACUUUGAAGUGCCUGGCACUUGCAGUGGGAGUGUGCUACUACCCAUCUCUGGUUUCAAAGAAGCAGUACUUAUCAGCUAUCAGUCAACACUUCCCAGAACCGCUGAACACCCCAGAAUCACUGCAGCAGGUGAUUUCGUCAUGUCAAGACUUCUUCCUCGAGAACAUCGAGACAAGGGAGACAGUGGCCAAGAACAUAGCGCUCAAAGAGAACGUGUUCCUCAUGGUGGUCUGCAUUGAGCUCAGGAUUCCACUCUUUCUGGUUGGCAAACCAGGGAGCUCUAAGUCCCUGGCCAAGACGGUGGUUGCGGAUGCCAUGCAGGGCCAAGCUUCCCACUGUAGCCUCUUCCAGAAGCUCAAGCAGGUGCACAUGGUCUCCUUCCAGUGCAGUCCUCACUCCAGCCCUGAGGGCAUCAUCGGAACUUUCAGGAACUGUGCCCGAUUCCAGAAAGACAAAAACAUGGAUGAGUAUGUGUCAGUGGUGGUGCUGGAUGAGAUUGGGUUAGCAGAAGACUCCCCACAGAUGCCCUUGAAGACCCUUCAUCCCCUCUUGGAGGAUGGCUGCAUUGACAAUGACAGGCCAGACCCAUACAUGAAGGUUGGGUUUGUUGGGAUCUCAAACUGGGCUCUGGACCCGGCAAAGAUGAACAGGGGGAUCUUUGUGUCUCGGUGGGAUCCGAGUGAGGAUGAGCUGGUGGAAACAGCCAAAGGGAUCUGCUCAUCCUCCAUCCCAAUUCUUCUGAAAAUCAAACACCUCUUUCCACUGUUAGCGAAGGCCUUUUUGAAUAUUUGUAAAGAGACAGCGAAGAACCAGUUCUUUGGUCUCAGAGACUAUUACAGUCUGGUGAAAAUGCUUUUUGCUACAGUCAAAUGUUCAGAAAAAGAACCAAACGACAGAGAGUUGGCAGAAGCCAUCUUGCGUAACUUCAGUGGACAACCUGAAGACUUUGAUCCUGUCAUUUUCUUCCAAGAUGUCUCCCAGAACCUCAGAGAAGUUCCCAGACCAAGUACUCUGCAAAUGGUUGAACAAAAUCUUGCCCGAGACAACAACCAAGAAAGCCGGUACCUCCUUCUUCUCACCACCAACAAUGCAGCCCUCCAUAUCCUUCAGCAGCAAGUAUUUGCCAUGGCAGACUAUGCAUCCCCUGAGAUUGUGUUUGGCUCAGGCUUUCCCAAGGAUCAGGAAUAUGCCCAGAUAUGCCGAAACGUGAACCGGGUGAAGACCUGCAUGGAAACAGGCCGUACUGUUAUCCUUCUGAACCUACAGAACCUCUAUGAGAGCCUGUACGAUGCCUUGAACCAGUACUAUGUCUACCUGAGUGGGCAGCAGUAUGUGGAUCUGGGGCUGGGGUCCCACAGGGUAAAGUGUCGUGUCCACAGGGACUUCAGGCUGGUGGUGAUAGAGGACCAGAUGAAGGUCUACACACAAUUCCCAGUGCCACUCAUCAACAGGCUGGAAAAACACAGGGUGGACAGAAGCACAGACCUGACUCCCUGGCAGCACAGGGUUCUGGCCAAACUCAAAGAGUGGGUGCAGGACUUCUCUGGCACUGCGAUGUCAGAAGAUUUCCAACUGUCUGAUGUUUUUGUUGGUUUCCAUGGGGAUGCCUGUGCCAGUGCUCUCUUGCAGGCCCUGGAGAGUAGGGAGCAUCAGAGGGAUCCGGCUGUGGAUCAGCAACACAAGGAUGAAGGAGAUGAGCCUCUGGGGGAUGUGGAAGCAAAUGAGACAGGUGAGCACAGACAGAAAGAAGGGGCUGAUCCUUGUGUUAUGGAUAUGGAUGCUGAUGAUGAAGAGAAGAACAUUUCAAUGGAUGAGGAUAAUGUUCUCAUGGAGGUGGUAGAUGAUCAAGAUGGAGAACUGGCAUGCACACCUACCAAUAGCAAAGUAGAUGAUGAUUACAUGGCAAUGGAUGCAGAUAAAGAUUAUGUGGAGACAGGAAACAGUCCGUCUAAAGGGACAGAUGAGGAAGAGAGGGUAUUUGAAUCAGCCAAGGGUUACCUGUUGAAUUGUGCCACACCUGACUCAGUGCUAAGGCUGAAGUAUACAGACUUCGGAAAUCAGGAGAAAGAGAAACUUCAGAAGAUGUACUUUCAUCAUCAGCAUAAACACUCACUAAGGGACUUCAUGAAGAGCCACUUGUCGUCAGAGAACUCCAGCAAGUUUAUUGAAGUCACCACAUUCUCCAGUUUGCUCACCAAAUCUGACGUGCGAGGGUUGGCUCACGCUCUGGGCCUGCACACCCAAACGUUCCUCCUGCUGUCUCUUCACCAAUUUGACACAGAGGUCUCCUUCUGCAGCAAGAUACGCGCCUUCCUACAAGAUGCUGGUCCAUCCAUCCGUAUUCUGGUCGUUCAGAUGGACAUAGAGGACUCGCACUGUAGCGACGAGCUGAUAGCAUCAGCAAAGUACUGCACACUGAACUACCUGAUAACACUGGAGUCAGAUCAGUCCUGUUAUGUGGUCUUCAUCACCAAGCUGUCCCGCAUUCAGAGUGGAGGUUCUCAGUACAUAGGCUUCCAAGGAGGUGUCUGGCUUUCAGUGCACAUUGAUGACCUCAGGGACACAGAAGACAUGAGCUUGAACUUGUCAGUUUUCUGCGGAAUGCCAAUCAGCAAGCUUGUCCCACCUGCACAGUCAGGUAUAGAGACCUGUGAGUCUGUUAAUGCCCAAGCAGACACGGCACACCUGCACAGUUUAUCCCUGGUGAGGUCCUGCGUUCAGAAAGCAGUGGGUUUGCUGAGAGACCCCAAUGACCUGACCUCCAGGAGCAUGCAGCGCAUGAACAUACUGCUGGGGCUUCUUGGAGAGAACCACGGAGAGAUGGGAGCUCUUUUCCAGAACGUGUUGCUGGGUAGACUGGCAGGGACCCUGGUGCAAAGGGAGGAGCUGGUUCACAAUCCAGGGGAGUGGGUGAACAGAGAAGCCAAGAAACGCCAGGCUCUCCAGGAGGGGGGCACUCUAAGACACACCCUAUGGCGCUGUCUGCAGUCCACCCUGACUCCAGUCCUGGCCUAUAUGGUGGAGGUUCUGGACAGGGAUGCAAACCUGGAUCUGCUGAUCUCUGCUGGCCUCAGUCAUGCCCUCAUACAGCUUUGGUUGGACAUUCUGGCAGACAGACAGAUUCUGGACCUUACACCACCACAAAACUCCAGUAGGUCAGACCAGGAGGUCUUGGUGCAACAUUACUUACUGUUGGGUGGUGAGGAACACCCCUGUGCUGCCCCCUUCAGUUGGCUCAUUAGAAGGCACUUCCAAAGCCUGUGGGAGGAAUCAGAGUUUAUACCAGUCACAGAGGAUGACAGCACCCAGAGGAUUGUCCAGUUUGUGAGCACGACCACCAGUAGCAAGCUCGGUAGCCUUAUAGGGAAACUCUCAGACCAGGAGCACCUGGACUUGGACAAACGAUACCUGCGUGACUUUCUGCUUCUUUCCUUCAAGAUCAAAUCUGAAGAUGAGCUGAGGGUGUUCACCAGAGCGGCGCUGGGCUGUGUGUCUGAACUCCAGCGUUCCAUGACCAUUAACCCUGAUCUGUCCCCUGCCUGGGUGAUGGCUGCAGCUAGACACUAUGCUCCCAGACUGGACACUCUGUCCCAUAUCCUGCUGCUGCAGCCCCAGCUGGCCCCAGACAUUCUACAGCAGGCCUCACACACAAAGCCCACAGACAUGCUAGAGGACAUUUUGGCCCUUGGAAUUUGUGUGGAGAGGACCAAGCUGCAGACUGUGACGUCCCUGUCAGAGUGUGAGUCCCUCUUACGCAGAGUGGAGCUCCUACAGCCAUGUCUGGAUAGAGCAUUCGGUGAGAAGUACAGCUCCCUCUGCAACCCUGGCUGUCUCCAGCACCUGGACUCUAUCAGGUCUAUUUGGCGUGGGAUGCUUGUAGUAGCCGCAUUCAUCCAGCAGGUGUUGUUUGAGGGGAAACGGAUAGACCCCAGUCUGGAGGAUCUGGCUCUGAAACACUGUAGCCUUCUCCAAAGCCUGAUGCAGGACUCUCCUGAUCUGAGGAAUGUGGACACAUUGCAGCAGCUGAUUCGUAUCCUCAACUCCUAUCAUCAAAAGUGCAUCAGCGGGGAUCUGCGGUUUGGCAUCAAUUGCCCAGUGUGCCUAUCAGAGCUCAAAGAGCCAUCCACCCUGCCCUGUGGACAUGUCUUCUGUCUGUCCUGCCUCCAGAGCAGCCUCCAGACAGACAGGCAUUACUGUCCCAAGUGCAGGGAAGACCUGCCACCAAACUUCCAACCCUCUGUAUCUAAAGCCAUCAAGUCAGCCCUGCAGCAGCAUGCAGAGAUCAGGGGCUGCUGUAACUCUUUCUUCCUGGAGGUGGUUUCCCGGUUCUGUCUGUCUGACGGGGAGAGCCCCAGAGAGGGUGUCGUAGAGCUGCUUUUCUCACUACUCAUCUCUGCACAAGGGAAUGUAUACAGGACCAGAGAGCUCACUCCCUUCCUAGAGUGUGUUGACAACAGUCCUGUUGUCCGCUCUGUACUACCUAAACUCCUGCUGCAAUACAGUUUUGAGCAGGUGAAAGGUCACAUCCAGAACUACUUACAGAGCCUAGAGAAGAACAUCUUGGAGAGGGAGGAUCACACUGAGCUCUACCUGCUCUUUGUCAACUGCUUCCAGGAUUCCCUGCAGUGUUCUGGAAGUUUAGUGAUGGAGGAGGGGAGAGAGCAGCAGAGGAAACUGCAGGAGGACACACUGUUCCUGGGUAGGCUAGCCAGGAAGCAGAUCCCUGGAAGACUGGAGGACCCAGCUGAGUUCCUGCUGAGCAUGGCUCGUCUGAGGCUCUGCCUGGGCACCGCUGCCCACCUGCUACAGAAGGCUGUGGCCCAGGAUACUGCUGGUGGGGCAGGUGAUGAUGUGGAGGCUCAGUACCUGUCUCAGGUGAAGGCAGUGUGUGAGUACGGAGGUAACGACUGGUUCAGAGUGUUCCUGCUGAGAGCGGUCAAUAGACAGGCGGGGAUAGACUGUGUCCUGGCCCUGAUGCACAGAUCCUCUUCCUGGGGAUGGGCCUUCCCUUCAGAGGUCCUCCGACUCCAGAGGCUGAUUCCAGCAGAGGUGGACCGGUUCCUGUGCUGUGGUCCGUCAUACCAGGCCCUGAGGGACGGGGUGACUCAGGCCCUGCUAGACGCUCAUACUGACCCCCUUCGGACAACGCUGCAGAAUCUGAGCUGCUCCAGAGCUUCAGCCCAAGUUCUCCUAGUCCUAGCUUUGUUCAGACAGGUCACCUGUCGCUUCGCAUCACCUGAUUUCAAAAAUCACCCUACUCCACAGGAGACAAGGAAACUGGAUGACUUCCUGAAACACAGCCUACCAGGUGAAUUCAGAGAGCUCUGCACAGCGCUGUUAUCAAAUCAGAUAGGUGGACUCCAGAUCUCCCAGAUUGUCCCACCUCAACGGCGCCUCCUUUUGGAGCUCCUGGUCCAUGCAUACGCUGUGCUCCUCAGUGGGACUACACUGCUGGCUCCACUCCACCAGAUAGCCUCCCAGCCUCAAAAUAUGACGGGCUCCUAUUUGCCCACCAUGCCAGAUGAUCACACUAGUGAGGCACGCCAGUGGAUGACUAAAGAGAACAAAAUCAAGAUGUACUUUUGUGCCAACGGUCAUGCGUGUUUUGUUGGAGAGUGCGGGAAACCAGUGGCAACAUCCAAAUGCCUUGACUGCGGUGUUCCAGUUGGUGGUGUUGGUCAUAACCCAGUUGAUGGAUUUACUGCUGCUCAACAAAGUGUGGGGGAUCAGACCAGGACUGGUCAUAUUUUGGGAGAGGCUUAUCGUAGGGCUGAGGCCCCAGAGAGACAGAUGUCACCAGCCCAGUCCAGUAUCCUUCGGCUGCUCAACCACCUGGCCAUGCUGCAAGGGACCAUCAAAAACUACCAGGCAGUCAGUCAGAUGGUCCAUCCUGGUGUCCAAGAUGUCCUGGGGUUCAUGUGGAGCCACCUUGAGAAGGACAUGGAGGUGCUGGGUCGGACACUGGAUCAGAACAUGGACAACACGGCUGUUAUAAUUCAUCUGGUUCUCCAAGCCUGUCUGGAGUUCACUGCAGCUGAACCAGGUUAUCGCCACACAAGACCUGACCUGUCCUCUCGACAUGGACGGGAACAGUGGGAGAAACUGGUCUGUGAUGCAGUUAUCAACCCAAUAAUCCAGCAUCUAAGGAGGAAACUGGCUGAAGCUCAAGUCAGUAUCAGUGCAGAUGACAGGCUGGGUGGAAGCCCACUGAUGAGACUGCUCUAUGCGGACCCCCGACCCAUGCUGCCCCUGCUGCCCUCCCUCUCAGACUGCCCCACACACCACUCCUCCUUCUGGAGCCUGUCUGAAACCCUCACUGUGGAGCACUUCUCUCAGAGAGUGGACCAGGAGCAGGGAAGCAACACCGUACCCCUCCUAAAACUCUUCCUAAAGAAGGUGCUGUGUGUGAGACAGCUCCACCAUCUACCAGAGCUGGCUGCCUUACAGGCUGACUUGUCCAGAAUGUUUCCCCUGACAGCUGAGAUGACCAGUCAGAGCAUUGCCCAGGUGUUGCAGCACAUACCAACAGGGUACCAGAAGAAAGUGCUGCUUGGGAGAAUGAAGGUCUUCAUGAAUGUGUGGAACUGCCUUAGGAUGGACGUGGCCAACAAUGCAGAUUUAGGUGUAACACCACAGGUUUGUGAGAAGGAGCUGACCAUGGAGAGCUCUGGGGAGUUCCUGUCACCCUGUCGUCACGGUCCAGGGUCCUGCCUCCAGAUUCUGGUCAAAUUCCUGUUAGAGACUCACAACAGCUUGGUCAGAGAGGUUAGGAGACUCAGUCACCAUGACAACAGUGCCUACAGUGUACCUCUGGAGGGGGUGUCAGAGACACAGUUGACCCUGUGCCACCCUGAGAGGGAGCUGCUCCCCCUGGUGUUAUCCCACUGUCAUUACACCCUGAGGACACGCAGGGAGACAGACAGCAGCUACAACCUGAUGGACAUCCAGGCACAACUGGCCCGCCGCUUCCUAGCUGGGAAACCAAGCAUCCAAGCCGACACCUCAAGAUACUUGAACAGAUAUCAGCAAGACUUCUCAGUAGUCCUUGAUGAAGUCAGGGCUAAGAUACCUCAGGAGUCACUGAAGGGCUCCGUUAGCUGUGCUAUGAGGACAGGACUGCGUUCAUACACUGACGUGUGUGACGCUGUGUUUGCGGUGGAGAUUGGCCUGCGGUUCCUGGGGAAGACUAGCGGAGUGCCACAAGCCCCACUCUUGUCCUACCUGACUGAGUCUCUCAAGAUGGGCCCACAGAUCUCUAGCAGUGUAGCCAAGGUCCUUGGAGAGAGCAGACUGGAACACAGCACAUUCACCUGGCAGCUCCUUACCUCCUGGAAGUCUGAGCUGAUGCUGAGCAGAGGACAGGACCCGUUCCAGAGGCUGCCAUCAGAGUUCCAGCAGAAGUUAUCCGAGGAGGAGAGGAGAGAGCUGAGGGUCUUCUUCAGUGGGACAAACAUCGACAUACUCUCCCUGGAGCUGCAUGAAAUCCUCCUCCUGAAGACCAACACUCAGGCUUUUUCCGACCAGGCUUAUCUACCACAUUGGGACAUCAGGUCUACUCUAGACAACCAUCUGGAUAAGAAGAGACUCCCACCCAUGCCUGGGCUUGACUCGCUACCGGAGGACAUCACUUUGGACAAAGGGGCAGAUAUGUGGAGAAUGGCUGUAGAGUUUAGAAAGAGAUAAGAAGAGGAUGCUGGUUUUGAUGGUUGUUUAUUAUAUGUGUAUUUUUACAUUGUGGCUUAACAGAGUUUGAUUAUUCAGCAAAUAUAAAGUUUGAAUCCAAACAAGGACCAAUUAUGUGCCCUUGAGCAAGGCACUUUAACUUAAUUGCUCCUGUAAGUCGUGCUGAAUAAGAGUGUCUGCCAAAUGUCUGCUAAAAUGUCAAAUGUAAUUAUGAUUUUUUCCUCGCUAAUGAUUACAAAUUAGGCUAUCUCUAGUUCCUUGGCUAACUUCAUAUAGGCAAUUAUUCCCACAGUCUUGUGUGAAUAUUGUCCAUUAUCUCUAAAGACCCUGUACUAGUUUACACCCAUUCAACCUUUGACCAACAGUAAAAAAUGGGUUUCUAGUAGCCUGUAUGUUUUUAUGCGUUGUUGGACCACGAAAAUAAAGAUGUUCUAUUACAGCGAGUAACAUUA